AAAAAUAAUAUCAUACAGCGGAAACCAUCAUGGCAAAUUUAAAUAUCAUGGUAAUUUUGUGCUUAGUUCAAUUUACUCUGAGCGAAGACCGAAUAUCCGUGGAUACAGUAGGUACAAUAACGGCGACUGCGGGUUACUCUAUAACAGAUAAUCACUCUCCAACUAUUAAAAGUCUGACUUCGAGCAUAGAAUUUUCUGGUGACCAUGAUUCUUCUAAAGACACGUCUUCGUCAAGUGAAGCUUAUACAUCAUUAACUCCUGGUCUCCGAAGCUCUCAAAGCUUGUCGUUGCGAUCCAGACAGGCUAGAGGAAAAUCGUCGAGCCAGACUUGGAGCACUGAAGAAAAAGAUAUUGGUAUCCCAUCGUUUUCAUUGACCGAUCACCGAGCGAAUGAACAACUAUAUAGUGUUAAACCCCAAACUUUUGAAAACCAAUCGCCACAGUUAUCUGACAUAAAGAGUAAUGAGAGUGUAGAGAAGUCAGCAGUGCCAUCAAUUACUUAUGGAAAAAAGAUGAACAAAAACGACGGUCACGACGAUCGACCGGUUUUCAACGAUUGGUCAGAAGAAGUGCACAUGUCAUUCGACAACAAUAAACCAACUAGAUCACGUCGGAAGAAUAAACACCAACAGGACAGUGAACAGGAAAAAAGGAAAACGCAGAACAAAAAAUUAACAGGAGACAAUAGUGACAAUAAGGAUGGUUGGCAAGAAUUAAGUCCCAAUAUGGAGAUGGCCACAGGCAUCAUUACAUCCGUUCAAGAGCAUGAUUCUUCACAAGAAUUAUCUGGUAGCUCAGAAUUGUUUAAGGCCUAUCAUCAUCCAGAUCUAUACAACGCGGACAGCAUUUCCAGCGUGGAGGACGCUGUGCACCAGACCGAGCCACAGAAUUUCAACCACAAGCAAGUGCUGUCGAAAAUGAAUCAUUUCGACUUCAGCAACGCCGUGUCGCAGGCUAACAAGACGCCGCCGCCCAGGGAAAAGCGGUUGAACUACUUGCAGCCGGGCGGGGGAGGUCUCCCGGUGGCCAGGUACCCAUAUAGCGGCGGUGGGCCGUUGCAACAGUCGCAGGUGCAGGCUGUCGGACCCUCUGUGCAGCCGCACUCCGCCGCAGCCGCGAUCACCGCUGCGGCCGUCGCUAAGUCCGUGAAAAUCGAACAACCGUCGGUGACGCCCAACUACCACAGCAUCGUGGUGCCCAUACCGAUCUCACACCAGAUGUACGCGGCCAUCGGUGGUGACCCGUCGUCCCCUGUGCACGGCCACCAGUUGGCCAGCAGUACUGUACAGCAAGCGAUGAUGUCGUUGCCGGUCGUGCACAACGUGUUCUUUAAGACGGAUGAGAACGGCGGUGGCAAGACUAUGCCAGCAAUCGUGAUACCGCUGAAACCGGAAUAUCUGCAUCAAUUGCAACAACAACACUACGCGCACUUGCAACAGCAACAGUCGGCAGUGGAUGACUCGCUGAACGCCGCAGGACACCAGCGGCCAGUGCACCAAGGGGCUGCCAAAGCAUUGCAGAUCCAACAACUUCAGCAGCUGCAGCUACAGCAGCAACAGCAACAGCAGCAGCCGUCGGCGUCACCGUCGUCGUUGACGCCUUCGCCGUACUCUCAAAAGCCGAAAACGACCAAAGUAAAAAAACCGUUCAGUCUGAUGAAGGACAACGACCUGCAACACCGCGUCAAGCAGCCGUUUGGCCUUCAACACCAGUUUUACAACAACCCAUUUGCGGGUGGAGCGGGAGGCGUCGGCCACGUGCAGCUACACCACGCCGGCCACCAGCAACAACACGGCGGCAGCGGCGGUGGCCACCAACAUCCACAACACGACGUGGCCGAUGAUUCGCGAUACGCACAAACGGCCACCGCACCCGCACCGGUACCCAUCCACGCGUAUUCAGGCACUGGCCAUCCGCUGGUCGUCAAACGACCCCACGCUUACGGUUACGUAUCCCCUGCGUCCCCGGUGCCAACCAAGUACGCGCAGGCAGUAAAUAAAUCACCUCCACUGCACCAUCACAAUCACAACAACCAUCACCACCAUCACAACAACCUUCACCAUCACCAUCAGCAGCAGCAGCAACAGCUGCAGCAGCAGCAACCGUCCACCGAGGAACUGGCCGCGGCCAUCGCGCAACAGCAAUUGACACAGCAGCAGCAGCCGUACAAAGCGACCACGUACCAUCCAGGUUUUGCGUACCUCAACGGCCCGGACGACGACUACCCGUACAAGCCCAUUUACAAGGACAUGAACAAACGCAACGACGUGCUGGUCGUCCGGACCGCUGACGGACGCAAGUGAUGGAUGAUCAACUGGCAACGCGAUCUUACACCGAACUUAGUACCUAAAGAUUUUUCUAUUUAAUAUGCUAUAAUAGUAUUAUUGUUAUACUCGUAUAUGUGGACAGACACGUAGGCACGCAGGUGGGAGGAGGUUUCAGGAAGGUUAACCCUCGACAAUUAAAAAAAAAAAAAAAAUGUUUGAUGGCAUUUAUUUUCGUUCGCGUAUUAUAAUAAGACACAACACUUGGUGUUACAUAAUAUUACAUUAUCAAUUACAGAAAUAACCCUCCCACAUAUAAGUAAAUUCUCGUGUGCGUGCCUGUAUACGCAUAUACAUAUUAUAUUAUAUACGUAUAUCUGAGUCCUGUUUAAAGACUUAAAUGCAAAGAUAAAAUAACGUAAACUGUUAUAAUUGUUAUUAUUUCUAUGCGAUAAAUUAUUAUUUAUAAGUAUCUUUAUAUUAUAUAUCAUGCAAAAAAUUUAUUUUUGAGUCGAUUUGUAAUAAUUAUACUAUAAUAUAUUGUGCGAUUCGCCAUAGUAUUCGCGAACAAUAAAUCAAUAUAUUAUAUUAUACCUCGAGGAAAUCUAAUAAUAUUUUAUUCCGUUCGAAUUCCGUUUUAUAUACGUAGGUAGGCCAUCAGGUGUUAUUUAACACAUUCCAUUGCGUUGUAGAAGUCCACCGUAUUAAUAAUUAUUGGCGAACCAUUAUAAUAAUAUUAUUUAUUAUAUUAUUAUGUACGUACUUUCGAUUCGACAAGGUGAUGCGAAAAUGCUAGAGUGGAACAUUUGCCGACACCGUGGUGUCAUCAAUAUUAAUAAUAUAAUAGGUGUAUAGGUAUAUUUUGGUUUAUUGCCAAAUCUUCCGGAAGCGCGUUCGCAUAUUUUUUCGACCACCUGAUCACCCCCCUUCUCGUUCAACACCCUCGACUGGUUGACCGCCGCCGAAUUGUACGCUCGUGAAACGUCCCAAAUGUGUUCGCGUUGCUUUCACAGGUGUGUAUACAAAAUGAAUAGGUAUACAUUAAAUUUUAUACCAGAUGCCUAUAUACUGUAGGUACGGCAAUAUAAUAUAUAUACACAAUAAUAUGUCCGUAUUAUUCCUAUAUUCACCCAUUAAAAUGCGAUUUCCAAGAGAAAUGUAGUAGAAUUAAUGUGCCUACGAAUUUAAUAUACAUUUAUAUUAUAGUAAGUGGUCACUGCUGCAUAUUUUUUUUUAACACGAUAAACGAAACGAAAUGCGAGCACACCGAUUUACGCACGAUUAUACCAGCUUGCGAAUCCGUUACGAUGUUAUUUCGUCCGUCAUUAUUCGACGGAAUAGUAUCAUUAUUACGUAUACAUGGCCAUUAAUCGGAAUAUCAAAUUCGUUUCAAAGCCAACGGACCUUGUCGUUUUCGUCUUGUAAAUGAUGUUACUUUGCGUGACCGCGUGUAGUGUGUACCUACCUACCUGUCUAUACAGUUAAUGAUCGAACACUUUGCUAAUAUCGUGUUUGAAUAUUCAUAUGGUACAAUAAAAUAUACAUUAUAUAA